UUUAGCAAUUGUCAUAAUAGUUUAGUAAUGGAAACCCCGUUCUUGAUGCAUCUUUUCCAUCAUUCACCAGCACAACUACACCAGACAACAUCAUUACCUCAAACCUCUAGUUGUGAUCCGUUUUCUAGGGGGGGCGGUGCUAAUAGUUGUGGUGAAUUUGAAGCAGCAACCGCAGUUAUGAUGGAAUCAUGCGUCCCACCUGGAUUCCGGUUCCACCCGACAGACGAGGAACUUGUUGGGUAUUACCUGAGGAAGAAAGUUGCAGCUCAGAAGAUUGAUCUUGAUGUUAUCAGGGACAUUGAUCUCUACAGGAUAGAACCAUGGGAUCUUAAAGAGAUGUGCCAAAUUGGAUGCGAGGAGAAAAAUGAGUGGUAUUUCUUCAGCCACAAGGAUAAGAAGUAUCCAACGGGGACAAGAACUAACAGAGCAACCAUGGCUGGUUUCUGGAAAGCAACGGGACGAGACAAAGCAGUGUAUGAUAAAUCAAAGCUGAUCGGCAUGAGGAAGACUCUUGUAUUCUACAAGGGAAGAGCUCCUAAUGGCCGGAAAUCUGACUGGAUCAUGCAUGAGUACAGACUUGAAUCCGACGAUCAUGGAUCUCCACAGGAGAAAGGAUGGGUGGUUUGUCGAGCGUUUAAGAAGAAAAUCGAUGGUCAAACCAAGAACAUAGAAGCGUGGGAGUCGAGCUAUUUCUAUGACGAAGUAAGUGGGAUUAGUUCAGUGAUUGUUCCAAUCGAUUACGUCUCUCAACAACCCCGGAAUUUCUCACCCCAAAAUCUCUUUUGCAAGAAGAAGAAAGAAACAGAUCAUUUAAGCUUCGUGGAUCACUCGGAUGAUCAGUUUGUGCAACGUUUUCGGACAGAGAGCCCAUCAUUGUCAUUAAUGAAGAGGCCGAGCUCAAGAUCUCUAAUAUCAGAGACUAAUAAACAUGAAGAUGAAAAAGAUGAAGUGCAGAAUAGGAUAAUCUGCAACAACAAGAAGAAAGUGACUGAUUGGAGAGCACUCGACAAGUUUGUUGCUUCUCAGCUGAGCCAAGAAGAUAGAUUUGACGACGGUGGAGGAUUUUCGAGCUUCGAGGCCAUUGAUGAUCGUAAUGAUAACUCAGACAUGACAUUUAUGCUAUUGCAAGAUAGUAGUAGAGAAGAAGGAAACAAGUUGAAUGAGUUCUUGAAUUCUAGUUCAGAUUGUGAUAUUGGGAUAUGCUUAUUUGCUAAAUGAAGAGGCUUUUGUU